UUUGCUAGUAUGAUAGUAGUUAUUUUUUAGUAUUUGUUGUUGGGCUUAGGCUAUAUAUAGAGCCAGCCUUGUAAUGUUUAGGUAGUUUUUGGAAUAUUGGAAUAAGAGGAAAUGAGGAAUAAACUAGGAGUCUAGGCAAACCCGAAUUGCUCCACAAGUAAUCUGAUUUUGGUUACGGGUCUUAGGCUGAUCUAUUACAAUGAUACAGUGAUAUCAGAGCGUACGAUUCCAGUGACCGGAAACUCGCCGGUGAUGGUAAAAGUCAAAAAAACACUCAAGAAGAUGAUCUUGGUGUUUUUUUUGAGGGUUUUGAGGCUGAAAUUCCUCCUUUAGACAUGCUUCAAAGGGCUAUCGGAAAUGGUUUCAUCCACUCAUACAAACCCACAUCCACCAAUGAAAUAUACGAGAAGUUGGGAUAAGGCACUAGUGAGAUUUGUGAUGAACAUUUUGAUUCGGAACAUGAAUGUAGUCACAACGGAUAUUCAGUCCUCAUCCUACAUCAAGAAAUAAAGGAUGAAUUAAUGGCAUUUGUAUACCAUAAGAAAAAAAGAAGAUGACCAAGAAAAGAGUGUAAAGGUUGAUGAUAUGGGAAGGAAAUUAAGAGAGCUGGAUAUAUGUGAGGGUCAACGAACAGAUCACAAAUCGAAGAACCAAGAUGAGGAUCCAAGAUCAAUGGAGGAGCUAAAGGGAAGCUUGAGCAGAAUUGGUAGAUUUACCUUAUGGAAAAAUAAACAAAAGGUCAGAAAUAGAAAGAAAGGCAAAAGGUAUUCGUGAAAAAGGAUAAUAAAGAUGAAAGGGGAAGCAAAAAAAGAAAAAGAUAGUAAAAGAAGGAAAUGCAUAAAGGAGAUGAAAUAAAAGCAUAAAGAAAAUAAAAAAAUAGUAGAAAAAGACAGAAGGAAAUGAAAUUGAAAAGAGAAAGAAGACUUUUAAUGUUCAUAAAGCUAAGACAGGUGGGUAGCGGGUCUGAUGGUGGACUGGGAUAAAGGAUGGCCUACGAGUUGGCCGGACAAACUGAAAGAUCAUGCAAGACGGCGACUGUGACACUAGUUGAUGCUGUGGUAUGGUACAAAAAAAUGAUGAGCUAGGGAAAGGAAAAAUUGGAAAAAAAGAAUCGAAUAAAAAGGGAAGAAAAAGGGGCAGCUCUUGGGGGGUACUUAAGGAUGCUUGAAAAUUCCGGUAGAUGGUCGAAUAAAGGGCCGACAGGGGAGAUAUUUGUAGAGGCCAAAGAGAGCAAAGGAGAGAGAAAAUCGCGCAAGAAAAGGAAGGAGAAGAAUUCGACCAUUAUAAGGGGUGACUACCGGAGCAGGAAGUGGACAAAGAGGAAAAGGGGGAUUGUCGAUGUGGGUGGAUAUGGCUGGGAAAGAACCAUUGUUUUUUUUAGGGCCGUAUAGUCUUAAGGUCACCGGAAAAUUUUGUGGGUUCACCAGGAACCGGUGGCGGCUGGCCAGCGUGAGAGAGAAGGUGGGGAGAAAGGAUGACAUUUUUGGGUUGGUGGGGUUGAAGGAGAAGGCUGCCAGGAAUGUAAUCAUAGGGUUUUCAUGGGUUUCGAAGGUAUAGUAAUGCAGCUGGAAAGGAAACAGUAGCUUUUGCUUUUGAAAUGGGAUGACAUCAGCAGGGGUCCAAAAGCAUUUCUGACAUGUAAUUUGAGGGUGGACCAAGUUAUUCUAAGCCUAAGCACUUUUGAGGUUUUUAGCCUUUUCCAAAUUAUUUCCACUCUAUUUUCUAGUUUUAACUCCUUUAUUUCUCAAGUCCACACACCAAUUUUUGUGAAUUGUUUCCCGACUAAAUUUUCUUAUAACCUACCCAAGUCAACUAAUUCUAGGAAAUUUUUUCUCAACCAUUUAUCCUCAUUCUCGUUGCUAACAGUGGAAGGCCAAGCUAAUUAUUAUCUGCCUUGAGGGCAAGGUGGAGCUUCAGGCGAUCGAUAAUGUGAUGAAUUGGGUCAAAGGGUCCAAGGGCAUUAUCGACAUUCAACUAUUAGUUAGUCUUUCGGUUUUGCUAGUUACGGCAUACUUGUCUUUACCAGAGGGGACAGCUUCUGUGCAUGGAUUCAAAGCAAUGAUGAUCGAUCACUAUAAUGCCCUGGAAGGAAGUGAUAGUGAAAAGGACACCAAGGAGCCUGAAGUUAUAGCUCGUAAAUUUAAGAAAAUUCCUAAAACAAAAGUUUUGGUCGACUCUUCCAGAGAUGAUGCCAAGCGUAAGCCUGCUGGUUCAAGUCAUGGAUGCCUAUCCUUAUUAAAAAAACAAGAUAUCUUUCCGCAUAUUCCUGUGAAAAAAAGGACACCUCGUAUUCUUGUUUCAUUAUUUUCAAAUAAAAAGUUUGAAGUAGCAGGAACGAAUGCAAUUGAAGAUCGCUCACAAACAGCUAACAAAAAAAUAGGGCAUAUGAGAACCUUACAGGUCUCAGAUAAGGAAGAGUUGAUUUCACCAUUUCUAGCAGCGAAGGGAAAAAAUGGUGUAUAUGCAGCACCGGAAGAAUCUAAAGAAGAUAGGUUGGGUCGCAAUGUAGCAAAAAUAGGAAAUCUGGCUAGGGAUUCAGUGCAUCCAGGUACAUCCGCAUUAGCAGCUGAGUAUAAGAAUGGGCAGAAAAGAAAGAAAGAGGAAGUUCAGCAGUCUGAAGCUUUGUUUUUUGAUAAUAUUCAGAAAAAAUAUGAUCAUUCAGACAGAGGAACAAAAAGAAACAACUAUGAUGGUAAACAUGCCAAAGUUUGCGAAUCGAAUUCUGAGGGGCCCAGGAAGAAAAGCAAAAAACUGAUAAUGGAAGAUGAACUAGCAGCAUGUGAUGCACUGCAAACCUUGGCUGAAAUAUCUGCAAUGAUGCCCUAUAUUGCUAAAGAACCUGUUAAGGAUGCUGGAGAAUCCAUGAUUGGACGGGACACAACUGUUAAUCUGGUGGCUCGUAGCAAUGUUACAUUAAGUAAUGAGAAAGUGAAAGGGGAGUCAAAUGAGAAACAUAACCAAGCUUCAAAUGUGAAUCAGAAGGCUGAAAGUCUGAUUAAUUGUUCAAGAAAGUCAUCCAAAAAUGAGACUGCGGCGAAUGAGGAGGUGAAGUCUGCAGAUAGUAGUGGGAAAGUAUCUGGUAUCUCCAUCAAAUGUAAAUCAUCACAUAGGUCUCCGCACUUGUCUUUAAGCAAUGACUCACAUUCAGGAGACAUAGAAGCUGCUGUAUCCAGCACACAAAUGGAUACCGCUGGCCACAUUAUUAUUCCCACAAAGAAAAGUAGGCGCAAGAGAGACCGAACAUCACAUUUCAAGGACACAUAUAAUGCUCCAAAUGGUUGUUCGGGUGCAGGUUUACCUGUACUGCAAAAUAAAUUGGAGGAUGUUGAGGGAAUGCUUUUGCAUUGUCUGUCCUGGCCUGAAGCACGCAGAUGGUGUGUGUAUGAAUGGUUUUACAGUGCCAUUGACUACCCUUGGUUUGCUAAAAGAGAUUUUAUGGAGUACCUAAAUCAUGCUGGAUUGGGACAUAUUCCAAGACUCACUCGUGCUGAAUUGGGUAUUAUUAGAGGUUCACUUGGCAAACCUCGAAGAUUUUCUAAAUGUUUUCUACAGCAACAGAGGGAGCGCCUUAAUUAUUAUCGUGAAUCUGUCAGGGAUCAUUAUGUCAAUUUUCGAGCUGGUCUUGGAGAAGUUCCGACAGACUUACUAUAUCCUUUACGUGUUGGACAACAAGUAGUUGCUAUUCAUCCAAAAACAAGAGAUUGCCAUAAUGGCAAAGUUCUAUCAGUUCAACGUGAUAAAUGCUUGGUCCAGUUUCAUUGUCCUGACCUUGGGGUUGAAGUAGUUCUGGAUAUUGAUUGUAUGCCUUUGAAUCUAUUGGAGAAUAUGCCAGAAGCUAUGAGAAGGGAGAGGAUGCAAUUUGAUCACAGGCACAUACAAGUUUCUAAAGUCAAUGGAUCCAUUGUUUCAGCGCCAAUGGAACAUAUGAUGAAUGUUGAUCCCCAUUUGUCUAUUCCUCCUAGAAGUCUCUCAACAGCAAAUGAUAUAAAGGUUAAGCCAUCGUGUUCAAAUUCACUUACUAAGGUAGCAGCCAAUGGAAGUAUAAAGACACAAUCAGCAACCCAAAAUCAAUCUUGCAGUUUUGUUAAAAUACACUCACAAGAGGGUUAUAUGAAAAAUGUUCCAGAAUUUAAAGAAAGUUUAGAUACAAAGGUCCAUGAUCGGCUUAAUGCUUGUUCAGAAAACCUGCCUUUGAAUUCAGUUGGUUUGAAUGGCAAAAUGCAUUCUUCACAUAAUUCUUCUCUCUUCUGUCUAGAAAUUGCAUCUAAUGUGGCUGAUAUCGUAGAAGAUUCUAGAAAAAAAGCUCUAAAAAUGGUAGAUACUGCUAUUAAGGAGAUAACCAGUAAGAAAGAAGUCGAUGAUAAGUUUGGAAGGGAUAAUGAGGCUUUGGAUCGCAAUGGAAAAGCAGAAUGUGCAAGUAAUUGCGGAAUAUCUAUAACAAUGUCUUCAAACGAAGUUCAGGGAAGUUUGCCUCACAAGAACCCAAUAAUUUCUUGUAGUUCAGAUCCUCAACUGGCAUGUGAUAUGAUUAGUUCGCAGUCAGCUGGUGAUUCUGAUCUUGAAAUUCCUUCUGACCUUAUAACAUCUUGCAUUGCUACUUUGCUUAUGAUACAGACUUGCACUGAGAGACAACAUCCACCUGCAGAAGUUGCACAGAUAUUAGAUAAUGCGGCGACGAGCUUACAUCCUUGCUGCCCUCAGAACCUGUCAAUUUACAGGGAUAUACAAAUGUGCAUGGGAAUAAUUAAGACUCAGAUUUUAGCUCUGGUACCAACAUAAUUCUAUUUAAAUUUUUCAGAGGGGCCUGUACAUAGAAUAGGAUGUUGUCCCCAUAUAAAAAAUAAAAAAGGUUUGUCAUGUAUUUUUGUAGCUUGCUAAGUCCUAACCAAUAGGCAAUAAUUAUAGCUUAGAUAUUGAUAAACUCUACCACUAUUAUCAUAGUAUGAGGGAAAUGUGGUCAGACCAUCUGUUGUAAUGUAAAAAUAUUUAUGGCUUUGUUCCUUCACUGAAAUAAUUCAGUAAUACAUGCUUCUGUGGUUAAGAGGUAA